AUGAAGAUCAGGGAUUGGGUUGUUCCCUCCGGGAAUGCGCUGCUCGUUAGCUCUACUCCAGCUCAUAUGGACGUGCAGGUGUGGAAUACAGGCGUGCAUAACAGUGACGAUGAACAUCCCGUCGAUGGCUUCUGGGCUGAGCGGUUUCUUAAGAUUCCCGGUAUUGCGGAGAGUGGGCCUAGAAAGGGCCAGACAAUCUCCGGGGAAGAAAGACAUUUUGAACCUGGACCUGGUCUUGGACAUGGACAUGGAACUGAGCCAACAUUCGCACUAGACGAUGUCGAAGGCGCGUGGAUCCCAUACGGCGGGGGCCCGCGAAUGUGUCCGGGGCGGCAUUUUGCGAACGGGAGACGAUUUAUACAGCGGCGGUGA